UUAAACGGCAGCAGCGCCAUUUCACAUUUCAUUCAUUGGCGUUAAGGCCUACUUCACUUUAUUGGAUACACAGAAUUUCACCAUGGUGAAAAUUUUUAUCGGCAACCUCUCCUGCAACACCACACCCGAUGAGCUGCGCGAACUCUUUGAGAAGUAUGGCAAAGUGUCCGAAUGUGAUGUUGUCAAAAACUAUGGGUUUGUGCACAUGAAUAGCAUUACCGAAGCGGAGGAGGCCAUUCAAAACCUCCAUCAGCACCAGCUGCACGGCUGGCGCAUGAAUGUGGAGAUGAGCAAAGGGAGGCCCAAAUCUACCACCAAGCUCCAUGUCAGUAACAUCAGUUCGGACGUCACCACUGAUAUGCUGCGGGCCAAGUUUGCGGAAUAUGGCACAGUGGUGGAGUGUGACAUAGUGAAAGACUAUGCCUUUAUACACAUGGAGCAAGUGGAGGAUGCCAUGGAGGCCAUCAGUAAGCUGGACAACACGGCCUACAAAGGCAAGCUGAUGAGCGUACAGCUGUCCACGAGUCGGCUUCGCACUGCCCCGGGAAUGGGAAGUCAUACCGGCUGCUAUGUCUGUGGGAAACAUGGUCACUGGUCGAAAGAUUGUCCAGUCGAUCGGAACGGUAGCAGCGACGACAGCAUGGGAGGUCGCAGUGGCCGAGCCCCCCCACGCGGCCCCCCUGGUUAUGGCAGGGGUGCCUACGGAAUGACCCCUCCUCCAGCGGCUGAUUACAUGGGUGGCUCUGCGUAUAGUGAGGGUAGUUAUGGAGGUGGAAUUCCGCCACCGCCACCCCCUCCUCGGAGGCUUAGCGGCUAUGGCUCUGAGGCAGGGAGUAGGUAUGCAAACAGAGCUGCAGGCUCCUAUGCUGAGAGGUCAUCCGCUUAUGAUCGUGACCGUCCCUAUAGCAGUGUUGAUUAUUAUGAAAAGUACAGAGCUCGGCCAUAUGGCUCGAGUUAUUUCGAGGAACGCCGCAUGUCCUAUAUUCCUCCUCCCCCACCUCCCCCUCCUUCCUUCUCAAAGCUUCCCUCUAGUGUAGAUCCAUACAGGCAAAUGCCUCCAACGUCGUCGGUCGAUUCAACUGCCGCAUACUACGCACGGGACCGCAGCCCGAUCCAACGAGUGCCAGACCCUACUGGAGGCUACACCUACGAGCGAACACGGCUGUCACCGGUGUCCUCCAGGACCUCCUACACUGCUCCACGAGCCAAAGAUCCUUACGCGUCGCGAUACAACCCGUACUAAAGCCAUGGCGCUAAGGUGAGCAACAUGGUAAUGACGAUCUACGUGGAAUUAGGAGCUUUUGCUGCUAAAUUAUAUGGGUAAUGCUGUGCUGCGGACAUUUGGGGAUUAAACCGUCGUUUCUGAAAAGGGAUUGCUUUGCUCUCUUUAUAGGUCUAUUUGUGAACUGCGGGACUUUGCUGUUAUAUCUUCGAGCUACGUGAUUUCAUCAGUCUGUGCGAUGUGCAGGAAACCAUACAAGAUGUGGGAAUUUGGGUUUGGAAAGUGGCAUCUUGUCUUUUCAGACCAUUUGCAUAUUCUGUUUUCAGUAAUGUUACACGAACUGCCCUGUCUAACAUUUAUAUUGUAUAAAAAACAAAAACUUU